GGCGGGUUUGGCCAUGGCCGCUGCCCGCCUCGCACGGGGGCCGGAGCUCCUGCUCCUGGGGCUGCUGCUGCUGCUGGUGCUGCUGGGGGACCCGGGCUGGGGGGCGGCCUUGAGCGGGAACGCGACCUGGCCUGGGCCGCGGAGCGCGGGCGGGAGCGCGAGACGGAGCGCGGCGGUGACCGGCCCUCCGCCGCCGCUGAGCCACUGUGGCCGGGCCGCCCCCUGCGAGCCGCUGCGCUACAACGUGUGCCUGGGCUCGGCGCUGCCCUACGGGGCCACCUCCACGCUGCUGGCCGGGGACUCGGACUCCCAGGAGGAAGCGCACGGCAAGCUGGUGCUCUGGUCGGGCCUCCGGAACGCCCCCCGCUGCUGGGCAGUGAUCCAGCCUCUGCUGUGUGCCGUGUACAUGCCCAAGUGCGAGAACGACCGGGUGGAGCUGCCCAGCCGCACCCUCUGCCAGGCCACCCGAGGCCCCUGUGCCAUCGUGGAGAGGGAGCGGGGCUGGCCCGACUUCCUGCGCUGCACCCCCGACCACUUCCCUGAGGGCUGCCCGAAUGAGGUGCAGAACAUCAAGUUCAACAGUUCAGGUCAAUGCGAGGCCCCCUUGGUUCGGACCGACAACCCCAAGAGCUGGUACGAGGAUGUGGAGGGCUGCGGGAUCCAGUGCCAGAACCCGCUCUUCACCGAGGCCGAGCACCAGGACAUGCACAGCUACAUCGCGGCCUUCGGGGCCGUCACGGGCCUCUGCACGCUCUUCACCCUGGCCACCUUUGUGGCUGACUGGCGGAAUUCCAAUCGCUACCCUGCUGUCAUUCUCUUCUACGUCAAUGCCUGUUUCUUCGUGGGCAGCAUUGGCUGGCUGGCCCAGUUCAUGGACGGUGCCCGCCGGGAGAUCGUCUGCCGCGCUGAUGGCACCAUGAGGCUUGGGGAGCCCACCUCUAACGAGACACUGUCCUGCGUCAUCAUCUUUGUCAUCGUGUACUACGCCCUGAUGGCUGGUGUCGUCUGGUUUGUGGUCCUCACUUAUGCUUGGCACACCUCCUUCAAAGCCCUGGGGACCACCUACCAGCCUCUCUCGGGCAAGACCUCCUACUUCCACCUGCUCACGUGGUCACUCCCCUUUGUCCUCACUGUGGCCAUCCUUGCUGUGGCCCAGGUGGAUGGGGACUCCGUGAGUGGCAUCUGUUUUGUGGGCUAUAAGAACUACCGAUACCGUGCUGGCUUUGUGCUGGCCCCAAUCGGCCUGGUGCUGGUUGUGGGCGGUUACUUCCUCAUCCGAGGGGUCAUGACCCUGUUCUCCAUCAAGAGCAACCACCCUGGGCUGCUGAGCGAGAAGGCAGCCAGCAAGAUCAACGAGACCAUGCUGCGCCUGGGCAUUUUUGGCUUCCUGGCCUUUGGCUUUGUGCUCAUCACUUUCAGCUGCCACUUCUACGACUUCUUCAACCAGGCUGAGUGGGAGCGCAGCUUCCGGGACUACGUGCUGUGCCAGGCCAAUGUGACCAUCGGGCUGCCCACCAAGAAGCCCAUCCCUGACUGUGAGAUCAAGAAUCGCCCUAGCCUCCUGGUGGAGAAGAUCAACCUAUUUGCCAUGUUUGGAACCGGCAUUGCCAUGAGCACCUGGGUCUGGACCAAGGCCACACUGCUCAUCUGGAGACGCACCUGGUGCAGGUUGACCGGGCAGAGUGAUGACGAGCCCAAACGGAUAAAGAAGAGCAAGAUGAUUGCCAAGGCCUUCUCCAAGCGGCGCGAGCUGCUGCAGAACCCAGGCCAGGAGCUCUCCUUCAGCAUGCACACCGUCUCCCACGACGGGCCUGUGGCGGGUUUGGCCUUUGACCUCAACGAGCCCUCGGCCGAUGUGUCUUCUGCCUGGGCCCAGCAUGUCACCAAGAUGGUGGCCCGGAGAGGAGCCAUCCUGCCCCAGGAUGUGUCUGUCACCCCCGUGGCAACUCCAGUGCCCCCGGAGGAAAAAGCCAAUCUCUGGCUGGUUGAGGCAGAGAUCUCCCCGGAGCUGGAGAAGCGCCUGGGCCGGAGGAAGAAGCGGAGGAAGAGGAAGAAGGAGGUGUGCCCGCUGGUGCCGCCCCCUGAGCCCCACCACCCGGCCCCGGGCCCCGCGCCCACCUCCAGCGCUGUCCCUCGACUGCCGCAGCUGCCCCGGCAGAAGUGCCUGGUGGCCGCAGCGGCCUGGGGAGCUGGGGAAUCCUGCCGACAGGGAACCUGGACCCUGGUCUCCCACCCCUUCUGCCCAGAGCCCAGCGCCCCAGCCCCCAUGGCCUGGGCGCAGGGCCGCCGGCAGGGGCUGGGGCCCAUUCACUCCCGCACCAACCUGAUGGAGGCAGAACUCAUGGACGCAGACUCGGACUUCUGAGCCUGGAGAGCAGGACCUGGGACAAGAAGGAGGAACAAAUACGUUCCGAGGCUCAUCUUCCUCCCUGAGGGUGCUUCCCCAGGGUCUGCUCUUCCAGAGAACCCGAGGGCCCAGCGGCCCCCCCCCCCCCCCCAGGAGAGUUUCUCGUGUCUGGCUCUCGCAGCAGGACUGUGGGAAAGAGCCCUGCCGUUGCCACCCAUAGGCCUCACCCCUGGCCAGGCCCUGGAGCUCAGGGUCCUUGUUUCUGCCCCAGCAGCUGGAGCCUGGCUGGCAGCAUCUAUCUCCAACAGGAGUCAUGGGGUAUGUAGAGCUUCUGGUGGGCCAGAAAAGGUGGAAGCAGUGGUGGCGGUACAGGGAAUUGGCGGUGGUGGCCAGGGAGGCAGCCAAGCCCAUGUCUGGCAGGUAAGGGCUGGCUGCCCUUUUCUGUGCUGGGGGUGCCCUUCCCUGGCACUCGCAGACCCAAAGUGUUGAUUGUGCCAUUAGCCCUUUGUCCAAGUGGGGAUGGAGCUCCCUCCUCCCUUUCCGGGGUGUUUGUGGGGUGGGUAUGCCCAUGCCCACGGGGCUGUAACCUCUCAGUGUCCAGCCGGCUCCACCCCAGGCCAGUAACCCACCCUGUGUUUUCCUGCACCCCCUUUCCCCAUUUCAGUUCAACCAGGCCACCCUCUCCUGUUUCCUGUUUGUUGACGAUGACCCAGAAUUACAGCAUUUUCUGUCUCCCACCCCCACCCCUUUACUGCUGGCCUCCCCUCUCCAGGUGGGAGACAGGUUCAGCUAAAGCUAUAGCGCCGGGUGUGGUAUAGAAGCCGUGAGUCCCGGGGAGCCUCUGGGCCACCAAGAGAUACGUGCUCGCUCUUCCUCUUUCUCUGUCCAGUGGGGGGUGGAUCCUCUGACUUGAGGGGCUACACUGGGAAGCUGCUAACGCUUCAGCCAAGCAGGAGAGCUUCCUUCAACUUCCACAACCAGUGGGUGAAGGGAUUCCCACCUCCCAUAACCCCCACCCAAGUUCCCAAGGCCCCAGUUUCAAGCACCAGACAGCAGGAAGCCUUAGCAGCUGGCCGGGUUCCAGAUCAGUGGGUAGGGAUAGGGAGACGAAGCAUACACAGUAAAUAAAAGGUUUUUGUAUAAA